GAUAUGCCUUUCUCUGGAGUUAUGCAAGAGAACGGAAAAUGGGUCGGGAAAGGAUACGCAUUUUACAUUUUUGAUUUAAUCAGUAAAAAACUGAAUUUUACGUACACUAUUAUUCCACCAAGCGAACACAUUUUGGGUGAUGAAAAUAGGGGUAUUCUUGGUUUACUUUAUCAAAAGAAGGUGGAUGUAGCUGUUGCAUUCCUUCCUGUGUUACCGGAAAUGCGACGAUAUUGCACGUUCAGUACCGCUCUGGACGAAACGAAGUUAACCGCUGUGAUGAAAAGACCUCAGGAGUCAGCUACUGGUUCUGGUCUUCUGGCACCUUUCGAAAGAACCGUGUGGUUGUUAGUUCUAGCAUCGUUAAUUUUUGUGGGACCGGUUAUUUAUCUUUUCGCAAGUAUUAGAGCAAAGUUAUGGCAUGAUCCGACUUCGGAGAAUUUCAAUAUAUCCUCCUGCUUCUGGUUCGUUUAUAGUUCUCUUCUGAAGCAAGGGACGAACAUUGUUGCUACAACAGAUUCGACACGCAUGCUUUUUGCUACUUGGUGGAUCUUUAUACUGAUCUUAACAUCCUUCUACACGGCGAAUCUCACUGCUUUUCUCACGAAGCCACAAUUUACAUUGUCUAUCAGUUCCCUGCAUGAUAUUGUUCAGAAGGGAUAUAAUUGGGUUACUUAUCAAGGGCGCAUGGUUGAUUUUCUUCUAUCUCAAAAUCACCAGAAUGAUUUAACUUUGUUGAACAUGAGUAAAUUGCAAGGGAAAGGUGUUUUUAAGUAUUACGAGCCAUCAAGAGCAAUCUUAGAAUCAGUUACCACGAGAAGACUUUUUCUGGCGGAGGCACAUUAUUUGCAGACUUUAAUAUUUAAAGAUUAUGUAAAUAAAACUCGCCAUCAUUUGGAACACAAUUUGCGUUGUACAUACGUCAUAAUGCCAGGUGGUAUUUUACUAACUAGUCGUGCUUUUGGUUUCUCUUAUGGUUCAACUGUUCAGAAACAUAUCAAUGAAAUGUUGUUGAGAUUAGUGGAAACUGGUAUUGUACAACACAGAAAAGAAGAGGAUCUUCCAUUGGCGGAAAUCUGCCCUGUCGAUCUUCGUUCAAGUGAAAGACAACUGCGAAAUACUGAUCUUCUUUUAACAUACAAAGUUGUGGUGGCUGGAUACACGAUCGCUGCGAUAAUCUUUUUAUUCGAAAUAAUUUAUGCGUUUAUUUCGUACCGAAUAAAGAAUAGCAAAAGAGAGACGCGCACCACUUCGAAAGAAAAAUUAGAGGUUUCUUCACUUAACAAUAUUUCAAAUCAAAAUUAUAUGAGUGUGUUAAAGAGAAGUCCACCGGCGAUUUACCAAGAUCCUGGCAAUGUUUUAAUGCAAAGAAAACAACAGCUUGUCAAUGGAAGAAAUUACUAUGUAGUUACUGAUCGAGGCGGUGAUCAAAGACUAAUUCCUAUCAGAACUCCUUCUGCUUUUUUGUUUCAGUAUGCAGCUUAA